GAUACUAUUUUUUGUGCAGGACUCAAAGAAGAAAAAAAAGAUGUACUACAUAAGACUGUUGGAUCAAUGAGCAUCUUGUAUAAAUCAAUAUGGCGAUUUUAUAAAAAUGCUUAUUGUUCAGCAUUCUUAUGUUAGGCUCAUGUUGUGCUGUGCAUUUUGUGUGUCCGAGACUUUCCUGUAGUGGCUGUUACGUAUGGUUUCUGAACGCCCUGCUUUGAAAGAGUAAAAUUUCUUUCCCGCGAAGCGUUCGAAAGGUUAGGUACGAUAAGCAGACGACGGAUUUAAUGAAAUGUCACGCGCACUUGUGUGAUGCAUACGGAACACGUGUUUUCUCGCCGGCUUGCAUCAUUCGUGCACGUCUACGCAAAUCGCUCCAUCAUGAAUGAGAUCCGAUGCGAUACGAGGUAGGAUCUUGAUUAGAGGCCAUUACACUCUUUUCGCUAUCAGCUAUCGAUGACGUUUCUCGAAAUCCUCACAUUAAUCGGACCCAACGUGGCAAGAAGAUGCUUCACGAGGAAUCCGCAGCGAAUCUCUCGAAAAGAGAUGUCUUGCUCACGUCGUUUGUCUCAGGUGCUCUUGCAGGAAUUAUUUGUGACGUGACGCUCUUCCCAUGUGACACCCUGAAAACGCGCUUGCAAAGCCAACAUGGGUUUUUACAAUCUGGCGGUUUUAAGCAUCUAUACAAAGGCAUCGGUCCUGUGAUGCUUGGCUCGGCUCCGUCAGCCGCUAUAUUUUUUAUCACUUACGAAGGAAUAAAACAGUAUUCACAGCCAUACAUACCAGAUCAGUAUCACUCAAUUAUACACAUGAUCGCAGCAUCGACUUCUGAAAUAACUGCCUGUUCGGUCCGGGUACCAGUCGAGGUAGUUAAACAAAGGAAACAGGCGCUUCUAUCCGACACACAUCGACUCAAAUUAAGAACACUAUAUCGCGGCUAUGGGAGCACCGUCCUACGGGAUCUGCCAUUCGGCGUGAUCCAAAUGCCAUUAUGGGAAUAUUUCAAGCUUUAUUGGACCCAACAAAUACGGGAGUGUACGCCUCUAGAAGGUGCUACUUGCGGAUCUGCAUCGGUUGCUAUAUCAGCUGCUUUAACAACGCCAUUAGAUGUCGCAAAGACCAGAAUUAUGUUGUCUAGUACAUCAGCAGAGAAAGAGGAAGUUAAGAUAUCGACAAUGUUGAAAGAGGUUUACAGGGAACACGGUGUUAAAGGGUUGUUCGCCGGUUUUCUCCCGAGAGUAACCAGCUUUACUAUUGGCGGCUUUAUAUUUUUUGGUGUCUACGAGCAAGUCAGAGAAUUUUGUAUAUCCUACUUUUCCUAGUCGUCGAUAAACAAAUUAUAAAAACUUAAAUUAUUAACUUUUAAAUUAAUUAUUUAUGAAUACGCGCGCUCUAGUAACUGAACUUUCUUACCCAGCAGUGACUUUUAUUGGAAUUAAUUUCAAAAGGUAAUUAUAAGUUAAUAAAAUGAUAGCAAUAAAAGA